AUAAAAAAGCCCCGACGAUCGGCAGCUCGCGGAGACGCUCGCUCUCACCUCGCUCAGCACACGCGCGCGCGUCUCUGCAAAAAGCUCUGAGGAGGCGUUGAUCCUCACCACGCGCUGGAAAGGAUCAUCUGAGAUCUCCAUUCGUCGCGCGCUGGAGCCAGCCGAAGGAAGAGCCACGAGCCAAGCGCGAUGGCGAGGCUCGAGCGCGGAGGGGAUGGAGAGCGUGCCAGUUUUCCGCGCGCUCGCUUUUGCAUUAGCGCGAAUGUGAGCGCGAGGCAGCGGACGGCGUGAUGCAGCAGAGCCCGAGCGCCCAGCUCGCGGUCGUUGGGCUCAACGGCAGCUUCGCGCUGAACAGGACUUUCAACCAGCUUAACCAGUCGUGGGGUGACCUCGCUGACCUGGACAGGAGCAGCUUCGUGGCGGACGGUUCUGCCGUGCUGCGGAUCCUCAUCUCCGUGGUGUACUCGGUGGUGUGCGCGCUCGGCUUGGUGGGCAAUGUGCUCGUGCUCUACCUGAUGAAGUCGCGGCGCGCGUGGAAAAAGUCCUCCAUCAACUUGUUCGUGACCAGCCUGGCCGUGACGGACUUCCAGUUCGUGCUGACCCUUCCGUUCUGGGCCGUGGAGAACGCGCUGGACUUCGCGUGGCCCUUCGGUAAGGCCAUGUGCAAGAUCGUGUCCUACGUGACGGCGGCCAACAUGUACGCGAGCGUCUUCUUCCUCACGGCCAUGAGCGUGGCGCGCUACCGCUCCGUGGCCUCGGCGCUGGAGAGCCGGCGGCGGCGAGCGCGCGUCCGCGUGCCGGCGCGCUGCCUGAGCGCCGCCGUGUGGGCGAGCGCGGGCGCGGCCGCCCUGCCCCACGCGAUCUUCUCCACCACGGCGGCCGUGAGCGGGGACGAGCUGUGCCUGCUGCGUUUUCCGGACCGCAGCGGCGACGCGCAGUUCUGGCUCGGCCUCUAUCACGCGCAGAAGGUGCUGCUGGGCUUCCUCAUCCCCUUCGGCAUCAUCUCCGUCUGCUACCUGCUGCUGCUGCGCUUCAUCACCAGCAAGCACGCCAACAGCUCCGGCGCCAAGAGACGCUCCAAGGUCACCAAGUCGGUGACCAUCGUGGUCCUGUCCUUCUUUUUGUGCUGGCUGCCCAACCAGGCGCUGACCACCUGGGGCAUCCUCAUCAAGCUGAACGCAGUGCACUUCAGCUACGAGUACUACACCACGCAGGUGUACGUGUUCCCCGUCACCGUGUGCCUCGCGCACUCCAACAGCUGCCUCAACCCCAUCCUGUACUGCCUCAUGAGGAGGGAGUUCCGGAAGGCCUUGAAGAGGCUCUUCUGGCAGAUCGCCUCGCCCACGGUGACCACCAUGCGCCCCUUCACGGCGUCCACGAAGCCCGAGCAGGAAGAGCAGGGAGGCGCGCAGGCCGUGCCGUGCGCGCCUGAGCCCAGCCUCAUCUUCUACCCGCCUGGAGUGGUCAUUUAUAACGGGAAGAAUGACCUUCUACCCAACAGCACAUAGACACUGUUAACAGCAAAGGUUCCCAAAUGGGCCUAGGCUGGACACAGGACCUUUUAAUGCUAUAGGACCAUUAUGAGAGGGUUCUUUUAACUUUAAAGGUUCUUCACACACAUGCACGUCUCAUCUGCAGGGAAGGUUCAUCCACCGGGAGCGGUUCUUCUCUGAGGAGGCCUGUCUGAAGUGUUGCAUCAUCACCUAAUUGCAGUUUUUUGAGCUCGUCCACACUCCUGAACAUGCUUUCACAGUCAUGUUCAUGUAAUAGCAAACAAAAUGUGACCUGGCUGCAUUUUCAUCAGCUGAGUUGAGGUCAGUGCAUGUAAAUAAAAGAAAGCAACACGUUGAUUGUGCUAGAACGGUAGACGGUUAACUGACUUCACCACUUUAGACUUGUACUGAGUUGCCUAUAUAAAUAUAAUGAAAAAUUACAAUACACACUUAAUACACAAUUAUUUAUAUGGCAAUUAAUCAUCAGCUAAAACUUCAUGAUUGUGACAGACCUGUCUAUGGCACCAUUCCAAAGAACUCCAUUUGGCACCUUCAUUUUAGGCACCAUAUGUGCUCUGGGGCCCUAGGAUGGGUGGAUUUAUUACAUUAUUUAUUUAUUUAUUUAAGCAGCUAUCCAGUUACCUGUUUCACUGGACCUUUCAGCAGGCUGACGUAAAAGGGUCAACGUCUGGUCAAGAGCUGAUUGAUUGGCUGACUGUGCAUCUGGAAUUGAAGGCAUCUACCUGCUGCUUUGUUAUUUAGUACUUAAGCCUUUAAUGAGUCUUAGGAGGCAGCAGGGGUUUGUAAAGCUGAAAAGAAGGCUGCCCACUCAGUCAAUAAUCAGAGCCAGGAAGGCAUGCCCUAAUCCAGAGCCUGUAUAAAUUGCUACCUGCUGGCAGAUUUUAAAGGCAGCAUACAGUAGAUUUUGUAUUCCAUGGCCAAGAUGCCCCAUCCUGGGUGUCUGAUGAAAUGGCAAUCAGAUGAAAAUGGCAGUAAAUGAAGGGACAGCAAGACACAUGCUCUUAAAUGCAAUAUUUUACCCGUAAAUAUAAGCUGUUUUAAUGGUUUUAUCCUAAGGGUUAAGAAUAUUAAGUAGUCACUGGACAUUUGCAAUCAUCUCCAGUGAGCAAACUAAACUGUUUUAGAAAGACCUUCAUGCAAAAAGGCUGAAGACCUGCGGGCAGGCAGAGCAAGCGUUUUAUGCCAUCAUUUAUUCAGAUACGAUUUCUUGCCUUCUUGCUUUUAAGUACAGCCCCAUUUUUCUCUAUUGGACAAACUGACUCUCGAUUGUUUUAUCACUACUGAACAGGGACACAAAUGACUUGCUGCAAUAAAGGACUACUGUCCUCACUAAACAUUUAAUCAUCUAUGGGUCUAUGGAUGAGACACACCCAGGAAUGGCUAUUCCUCUAAAAGUUAGCACACAAUGGUCCUGAUUGACCAAUAUCUACCUAAGUUUUUCCUUAAAUUUCUUCUUCAAAAAGGUCCUGAGAAAGUCUACACUGGCAUCAUGACAUGUUCUUAAAUCGAUCUCAGAAUUGUUGGUGAAUGAGAUCCAGUGAUUUUACAGCCUGGUUGAACUAGGAUUGUUUUUUAAAUGACUUUCAAAGUGGUUUCUGAUGCAGACGGUCUCAGGUCCCAUCAGUCUUUUGUAUUUCUUUUGCUCUCUCUCUCUCUGUAAUUCCACUGUUUACUGUACAGACCUUUAUUUUAUUUGAAGAUCUUCUCAGUGAUUGUAAUUGCAGGGUGUAAAUGUAGAGCAUGAGCAAUGGAAUUUUCAGACAAGCCAAACAAAUCAGCUCAAGGGAUUCAUUUAUAUUUCACUGACUGCACAUCACAAAUGUACAGCGUGUUAUUUGUAACAACUUGUCAGCAUGUGGGCGUAAUCAAUGUGCUUUAUUAUGAACCAGACCUGGAGAACAAUGCUUGCAUUAAGAUAGCUGUAUGUCAGAAUCACACAAACACUUGUGUCAUGAAAAAAGAACCUUCAAACCCUCAAAUACUGAAAUAAAGCAAGUGUGUUUAAA